AUGAGUGUUUCCCAAAAGGUGGUGUGUAUCACUGGAGGUAUUAGACCUGGUUUCUCGUGGUGGGUGGAUGACAGUCUCCAGUAUGGGAAACUUGAGAACCCAGGCUCAGGGACGGCCUGCAAUACAGUCGGGCUGGGUACCCAGCGUCCUAGGCCCCAGGUCACCCUGCCCCCAUCUUCCCUUGGCCCUACCAACCCUCUGCUCUCACCUGUGGGGUGCUUAUCUUACCCCCAACAGCAAAAGACGCAAAGUACAGAUCCGGCAACUGUGGAAAAUCUAAACUGUGCCAAGAUCUGUCAAACUUCUGAAAUAAGGGAUUUACUUGGCUUUCGGACUUCUAAAUAUGCUAUGUCUUAUCCAAGAAAUUAG